CUUUCCUUCAGCUGCUGGGACCGGGUCCGGCCACAAAAUUCACGCGCCUAUGUCGCCCACGCAGGCUGCGAGUGAUGAGAAUGGGUUUAUUGACGUUACUAUCCCGGAUCAUGAUGACAAGGCGCUGAAAGAACUGCUCAUCUGGCUGGAUGGUUCAGAUGGACAGGCUCCAACUUCGUUGCCUGCAGGCUGGGACAAGGCUUCGGCCGGUCAGCGCUUAUCUGAGCAUCUUCGGUUGAUUGAUUCAGAAAUCGCCCGCAAAAUGAAAGGGCUGGAAGAUUUGAAUGCCCACUUGGCGGGCCUUCAGAUUCAGGAGGUGCAAGCGCCUCCCAAACAGCCUGGCACUGGUGCCAUCUUUCUGGGCGAGGGUCGAGUGGAGCUGGUACCGCAACACUCGGCUCCUUGCUGUGGAGCUGGCCGUGAGCAGACCCCAGUGUACACUCCCAGGGUGCCGCAGCAUCCGAUAACAACUUCCGUUCAACCGAAUUGGUGCGUGCGCAACGCAAGUCCAUCUCCUGCCUUCCAGCGUAUUUCAUCGACACCCGCCACCUUCAGAGGGAGGAUCUACAAGGUGCCUGGCACAGCUUCGGCUGGAUGCUUCAUGGUGCCGACGGUGCCUGUGCCCAACACUGCAAGCGUUCCCACCAUUCGCGCGCCGUCUCCGAUUGUGACAGUGCGAUCUGGCUCAGUAGGUGCUGGAACACGAGUGGUGACUUCUGUGCCGGUGCAGUGUCACGGUACCCCAGGUAGCCCUCGGGUGUUGAACCCCGUCCACUCGCCAGACUCCAGGACACGCUGCAACAGCCCAGUUCCAGCUCCAGCUCAGCUCAUAGGACAUGGCAUGCCACAGCGCCAUGGGAGCCGCCCCCCGAGGGCUGCACAUGUGGCACAAACGUCCUGGCAGGCUGCGAUGCCUCAACAUGUGAGUUCGCGGUUCAUUUUGGUCUCCCCCUACAUGGCAGAGGCGCCGCGCAUGGAAAGAUGUGCCACGCCCACACGGGUGGCUUCGAGACCCCGAGCAGGUGCGAGCCCAACGAGGCCUGCGAUCGUGCACAGGAUACACACACCACGAGGCUGAGACAUGGCGCAAGGUUGGGUAUGAUGAGAGGAAGCAGCAGAGACCAUGUAAUUGUAUGUAUUUGUACAUACGGGCAUUUACAGACCCACUGAUUCUGAUGAUUUUUCGGGUGUUAAAACAAGGCAUUUUUUUUGAAGCCUCCAAUGACCAAUGCACCUUUGAUGCAACGGUCAGCUCCACUCACUUCGCUGCGCAAUCUUCUGCUACUCAAAGUGGUUGAGAUACCAGGAUGGCCAAUUCAUUUAGAAGCUGCAGUCCUCCAGGCCACUAAUCCUUAGCCAGUUGGUAGCUAAUGCUUAAAAGAGAAAGGACCUCCCGGCUGUGACUGGCCGAAGCACUGCCGGACACCAAAGAAGUGAUCCGGCGAACUGUGGCCGCUGCUAAAAAUCCUGUGAUUUUGACCGCUUGCCACAUCCAAAAA